AUGAAGCCGUUUGUAUCUUUGGUGUUAAUCUGUACGAUGCUGGCAGCAGUGGGUGGGUUAAAGUGUUUCACCUGCUGGGGUGCAAACCCUGGCACCUGCACACAGAUUUGGAACUGUCCUAACCAUUACGACCGCUGUGCCACCACCAUUGUGGCUGAAAACAUGGUCACAAAAGAGUGCAUGAGAAGCGAUGUAUGCAGUAACGUGGAUUCUGUGGGUGUCAGAUGUUGUGCUGAAGACUUGUGUAAUGGAGCCAGACACACUGGAGUUUUUCUCCCUCUUAUUCUAGUGCCUUCAGCAAUCAUCACACUCUUCAUUUAA